AAUACACUUUACAAAAAAUGGGAAAAUAAGGGAGAAUCCCAAAAUAAAAUAGUGAAAUUAUAGCAUCACCAUUGUUGUUGUUCUCAAAUACCCCUAAAAAUGCUUCGAAGCCUUACGCUUACCACUUCUUCUUCCUCUUCUUCUCUGGUCGCUAAACCUUUCUUUUCUCAUUCUCCCAAGCUUCCCCACUCCUUCUCUCCUCCCUCUCUCCCUUUCCCUCAAACCAGACGAUCCAUUUCCCUUCACACACGCCCCAUGAACAUCCUCAAAAAUCUAGGCUUCGGAGCCAACAACAAGCCUUCCCCGUCCAUGGAGGGUUCCUCCAUCGCUCAGGGUCCAGACGACGACGUCCCUGCUCCUGGUCAACAGUUUGCACAGUUCGGCGCGGGUUGCUUUUGGGGUGUUGAAUUGGCCUUCCAGAGAGUUCCAGGGGUGACGAAAACGGAGGUGGGGUAUAGCCAAGGGUUUAUGCAUAAUCCUAGCUAUGAAGACGUGUGUACGGGGUCCACCAACCAUAAUGAAGUUGUGAGGGUUCAGUAUGACCCUAAAGAGUGUAGCUUUGACACUUUGCUUGAUGUAUUCUGGGCUCGCCAUGAUCCUACUACCCUCAACCGCCAGGGGAAUGAUGUGGGAACACAGUAUAGAUCUGGUAUAUACUUCUACACACCGGAGCAGGAGAUGGCAGCACGGGAGUCCAUGGAAAAACAACAGAAACUCUUGAACCGAAAGAUUGUUUCCGAGAUUCUGCCUGCCAAGAAGUUCUAUCGAGCAGAGGAAUAUCACCAGCAGUACCUUGCCAAAGGAGGUCGAUUCGGUUUUAAACAAUCUGCUGAGAAAGGGUGCAAUGAUCCUAUCCGAUGCUACGGCUAAGUUCCCAUUACUCUAUAUAUAGUUUUUAGCUUAUGAUUGUUUACAGUUUUCUGCUUUUGCCUGUCACUAGCAUAUUACAUCCUAUUUUUCUUAUUGAAAUUGGAAAGAGUGCCUGCUUAUUUAUGUAUGUAGUGAACAUGGAUUUGUAAUUAUUUACAGUCCCGAAUCCAGUAUCUAUAUUUUGUUAAUUAAUGUUAUAGGGUUUCAUGUUUAACUUCAA